AUGGAUGUGGAUUUCCUAUGUACAUCUGAUGAAAGGAUGCAGUUUUAUAUUGGCUUGCCGAACCUAGAAACAUUUGACGCCCUUCGUGACUACCUCGACCCAGGGGAGAAUGGCUGUAAUAUUGCGAGGCAGAAGAAGCAAGGAUGGACUCCACCUCAGGCAGCGUGUGGCAGGAUGCGAAAGCUUUCAACAAGAAGUGUGUUAUUCCUUGUUCUGGUCAGGCUGCACUUGAGGUUGUUCGAGCAAGACCUUGCAGACCGCUUUGGUGUCUCUCAGUCGACAGUGUCCUGUACUUGCAUAUCCUGGCUUAACUUCAUGUAUGUGAAGUUAGCAAAGCUGCCACUGUGGCAGCCUCGCACUGUAGUUGAUAGCACUAUGCCUGGAGUCUUCAAGGAACAGUGUCCAGAUACGAGAGUUAUUCUGGACGCAACAGAAAUCCGCUGUGACUUUGCAAGCUCGUUAGCCCUUGAAUCUAGCACAUAUUCAACCUACAAGAGUGCGAACACCCUUAAGCGGCUCAUUGGCAUAGCUCUAAAUGGGCUAAUGACCCUUGUAUCAGAACUAUUUACUAGAUGCACGUCUGACAGGGAAUGCGUCAUAAGAAGCGGAUUUCUUGGCCUGUCCUUUGAAGAAGGAGACUCUGUCAUGGCAGAUAAGGGUUUCACCACUGCUGAUCUUGUGGAGCAAAAAAACGUGACGCUGAACAUUCCACCAUUCCUCCGAAACGAAGAGUUCCAUGCAGAACAAGUACAACAAACAAAACAGAUUGCUUCCCUACGAAUUCAUGUUGAGCGCAAGACCCAGCACGUGAAGACAUUUCACAUUUUUGACAGACCUGUACCCAUGAGCCUUGGGCCAGUAUCAAACCAAAUGUGGACAGUUGCCGUCAUCUUAACCAACUUUCAACGCCCCUUAGUUGAAGACAGGAACUAG